UAAGUCGUGCACGCAACCUGUCUGAUAUUCAUAUACAUGUUCCACCAUAAGACAGGUGCGCUAUCAUGCAACGAAAGACCGUUUGAUCAUUUAAUACAAUAUUCAUUCCAAACGGGACGGUUUUUCUUUCGCUACGCCAGUCCUUGCUCUAGUUCAAGAUGUCUCGGACAGUCUAUGAUGUCUGUGUGGUUGGCGCUGGCGUUAUUGGUUCAGCUGCUGCUCGCCAUGCUUCCAGCCUCGUGGAAGACAAGCAGAUUCUCCUCAUUGGACCGUCUGAACCCAAGGACCGAUCUUCGACGGAUCUGUUUGCUGCCCACUAUGACGAAGGCCGUCUAACAAGACAAGCGCCUCCAGACGCCAUUCGGGGACUGAUGACCCAACGCUCGAUAGAACGGUAUCGCGAUAUCGAAGACGCAUCAGGUGUCUCAUUCUUCGACGAAUGUGGCUUUCUCCAGAUCGGACCUGAUGGCGAGGCAUCAAUGAAUAAGAGCCGAAAAGUAGCGGAACACCCGCAGAUCAAACUCAAAUAUAGGGACUUUGGUGCGGUAGAAGCCGGGAAGAAGUUCCCGUACAUCCACUUCAGGGCUGGAGAAGUCGGCUUGCAUUCUGAGAAAAACUCGGGUAACAUCAAUCCUAGAAAGCUCCUUCAAGCCCAGCUUACGUUGGCUGAGAGGAACGGCUGCGCCGUUGUCGAUGAUUCAGUGGUUUCCAUUUCGCCGCCAAGCCGAGACGGUGGACUCUACGAAAUCUUGACUGGUCGUGGUCAUUCGUAUUUAGCGAGAAAUGUAUUGCUUGCUACAGGUGCUUUCACGUGUUCAAGAGAUCUUCUACCAAAGAAUAAGACCCCUGAUAUCAUCAACCUGAAGAAGACUGUUAUUUUGGUUGAGAUAUCAGAGGAAGAAUAUCAAGCGAAACUCACAACAAUGCCGACCAUGGUUGUUUAUCGAAUGAACCCGAAUGAUAAGAGGGACAAGAAAUACUGGACAUACAUAAUGAAGCCACUUCGUUAUUCUGAUGGCAAAUUGUACAUCAAGUUAGGAGGCUGGGGAGACAGGAAAGCGCCAGAAGCCAACACGUCCCAAGAAUUGUCCGACUGGUACAGAAUCCGUGGCGACCCAGUCAUCGCGAAGGAAUUGAUGACGAUAUGGCGAGAUGUAUUCCCUGGCCUGAAACCAGGAAACGUUGUGAUGGAUGGAUGUGUUACCAGCCACACCCCCAAUGACAGGCCCUACAUCGACAUGGUUCAGCCAGGAUUGGGGGUCGCCAUCGCUGGAUGCGCCACAGGUGCCAUGUGCUCUGAUGAAUUGGGAAGGAUCGCGGCAAGGAUGAUUUUGAAGAAGAGUUGGGACGAGGAUUACCCCAGAGAUGAAUUCAAAUACCGUGUGAAACCAAGAGUCGAGGUCGAAUCGAAAUUAUAACAAGCACGCUAUCAUCUGGAAUCGAUGCAUGUUGGUGGGGGGGGAUAUAGGCCUACUGAUUGUGUUCAAUGUGAAUUUGUCUGGAUGGAGGGAUGUUGUUGCUAUGUACGCUAAUCAUGCAUAUCCGAUGGUUUAAGAUUACCUAAAUAAUGGGAUUAACUGUAUAAGUAAUGAACUAAGACGAUACUAAUAAGGAUCCGCGGUGGUGCAGUGGCUCCGGUCGACUAAUACUUCGUCCCCAAAAGGGACGAUGUACAGCGAACAUGUAGCGGGUCGAGGCUAUGUAACAGGCUAUUGCACGGGUCUCUCACAAGCUGCUUCGAUACUCAUUGUUGUUAAGUGAGACUCUACCGGCAUUAUAUCUUUGCCUUACAUGCCUUACUCAACCGAGGUGUAGAGUGGGUACCGAUCGGAAAUACUCAGGUUGUAGUGAUUGUCAUCCGAGUUCUGUUGAAAGGUAUCAGGAUAUACGGGUAAAGUGCAGUCGAGAGUGUUGUACGGUAUAAAGCGCUAUCUUUAUCAAGAACUCAUAUGUAUUUUACAUGAUUCUAUAACAUUAUGAUCAAUAAAGAAAAGAAACA